AUGGCCCUGCAAAAACCGAAGAGCGGCAUAACACACCUGAGAAGACGACUAAGCACAAGGCCCACAAUGGCGGCAACGCCAACACAACAGCGACCAGAGCCGCAGCCACUCAGCAAGGGGACGUUACACCCCUCCGCUCCCAAGCAACUGAACAGGCGGCCUUGCAAUG